AUCAAUCUGGCUAUAACAUGCAGUUACAUAUAGACUUUUGGAGGAAAAAUGAGAUGUGUUAUGAUGAAGUUCUCACUCAAAGUUAACCUCAGAAUUCCAAAAAUCCCCACUACUUUACCAAUGCUGCUACAACUGGUAUGAGAGGAAUAUUUUACUGGAGGGAAGGCAUUCCAGCAUUUGAUUCUGGUUGGUGUAUUUUUUUCUGUCCAGCUGAGGGAGGAGAAAGAGGGAAAAGACAUCUGGGACGGACUUGGAUGUAGGGUGUGCCCGCCUUUAUAUAAAAAAGUUCUGCCCAUGAUUUCUGCACAAACCCCUCUUUUCAUCCUCUCAAGCCACACACAUCCUCAUACAGCUCUGCCACCAUGUCACUCAUUCAGGCAAUGGAAAUCCUCAGGAACAUCUUUGACAAGUACGCUGGGAGAGACGGAGAUGCAAAGAGUUUAACCAAGGCAGAACUCUCAGAGCUGCUCCGCAAUGAAAUACCUUGCUCAGGAGCUCCUUCUCAAGCCGCAUUGGACCAGUUCUUCAGCAACCUGGAUUCUGACAGGGACGGUGUUGUUAAUUUUACAGAGUACGUCACCUUCGUAGCAACCCUCACUAUCAUUUGCAAUGAGUAAUAAAGACUCUGACCAUGAUGUUUCACAG